GUUUCUUCUUACGUCUACCUGCCCAAUAAGAAAAAAUCACCAACAGCCCAUGCUAUGCAUGUACUCAAGCUGAAGGGAUCGACUCACCAUGUGGGGCAAGUGGCUAAAUCGACAGUGCUGCACCCCCGCCGGAGAUCACCCCGAGGCUCCCCCGGUUUAUCACCAGGACUUUUCUCUACCAACACACCUGAGCGUGACUCUCGUGCCAUCUUUCCACCUGUAUCUAGUGGCCUGGCAUGGUCUUCAGCACCACUCAUGAGUCCAUAUGGGGCUACCAAUGGCGGUCUUCUCCCGUCUUCAUCGUGGCCGCCAUGGCCAUGGCCCUGUUUACCGAUGUUUUUCUCUAUGCCUUUCUCGUCCCGAUUCUGCCCUACGUCCUUGAGAAUCGCCUGGGGUUAGAUGUCUCCUUGACCCAGCGCUUAAGCUUCUCCCUUCUCGCCGAGAGCGCCAUCGCGUCGUUAGUGUGCAGUCCGUUCAUCGGUCACUAUGCGGACGGCUUGCGGUCCAAAAAGGGUUUGCUCCUGGCCUCAUUGGCCGUGGCGCUUUUUGGGACGGUAGUCUUGGCUUUAGCCACUUCGCAAUUCAUCCUCUUUGCCGGUCGUCUCGUCCAGGCAAUUGCAAGUGCGUUUAUCUGGGUCGUAGGCUAUGCCACUAUCGCAGACAACGUGCAGCCGGAGCAUCUGGGAAAGACAUAUGGGGUAAUCUCGCUAGUCGUAGCGGCUGGCACAUCGGCUGGUCCUAUGGUGGCUGGGAUCCUCUUCGAGGUGGGAGGCUACUGGUUGGCAUGGUCGAGUGCUUUCGCGAUCAUCCUGGUGGACAUCGUGUUACGGAUGCUCAUGCUGGAACGGCCGAAACAGACCCCAGGGUCACCCGGUGCUGGUCACAAUGGCUCAGACCCCGAAAAUGACCCUCUUCUUGGAGAACACCGGCCGAUGGGUGAGAAAACCGGGUGGGAGUUCUAUGCGUAUAUCUUCCGGUAUCGCCGCUUCGUAGCCGGCGUCAUCAGCUACCUGACCUUUGCCGCGCUGAUAUCCAGCUUCGACACCACGCUCCCAUUGCAUGUGCGUGAUAUCUUCGGCUGGGGAAGCAUGCUGUCGGGAAUGAUGUUCUUUGCGCUACAAGGCCCGGGGAUCAUUCUCAGCCCGCUGUGCGGCUGGUUGAAGGACCGUGUCGGCACACGGUGGCCGACCACGGUCGGCUUUUUGGCACUGACCCCGGUUAUGUGGCUUCUAGGGACACCGGGCGACGACCGCUUCCCUUGGGCGAACGGUGGACAGACGGGGCAAGCUAUCUACACGGUCUGCGUGACCCUGGUAGGCGCUUUGACGUGUCUACUCAACGGAGCAGGGACAAUCGAGGCGACUGUGACCGUCGACGAGAUUGAAGCCAAACAUCCUGGCAUUUUCGGCCCCAACGGAGGCUAUUCGCGAGCCCUGUCGCUGGCCAGUAUGAGCUGGACGGCUGGCUCUUUCGUGGGUCCAAUCCUCUCAGGUUUUCUGGUGGAGCAGAUCGGAUACUAUGAAAUGAACUGUGUCAUGGCGGGACUGUGCGCCGUGACCGGCAUCUUCACAUUUUUCAAUCUUGAUAACAAGGUGCACUUCGAGCGUGUAGGCGGACAAAGUGUAGAGUAGUGAUCUCGACAUUGGACUAUAGAAAAGUAGAGACAGGGUU